AGGUAGGUCUGUGCUUUUACUGUGAAGCGUCACAAAGCGCCGCCUUCAUUUCUGCGUGUUUCCACUAGGUCCUGUAGGCAGCUUGAAAGUCCUGUUUCACUUCUGUGUUACUUUCACAUUCUCUGUUUUGCAGAUUGAAAUCAUGUCAGGAAGAGGCAAAGGCGGUAAAGGACUCGGCAAAGGAGGCGCUAAGCGUCAUCGCAAAGUUUUGCGUGAUAACAUCCAGGGAAUCACCAAACCCGCCAUCCGUCGUCUCGCUCGUCGUGGUGGUGUCAAGCGUAUCUCCGGUCUGAUCUAUGAGGAGACUCGCGGUGUGUUGAAGGUGUUUUUGGAGAACGUUAUUCGUGAUGCCGUCACCUACACUGAACACGCCAAGAGAAAGACCGUCACCGCCAUGGAUGUCGUCUAUGCUCUGAAGCGUCAGGGUCGCACUCUGUACGGUUUCGGAGGUUAAACGCCAAAAUCCACACAAACCCAAACGGCUCUUUUAAGAGCCACCCACAUUAUCACAUUAAGAGAUGAAAUCUAUGCAGUAUUACUGUUUGUGUUGCUGGAAAUGGUCUUUGCGAUAUGCUGAUUGUUUGAUUCAAAUAACUCGAUAAAUACAGGUAGGUUAAUUUGGUGGUAUUGAAGCGCUUUGCUUUCGUGUUUGUUUCUAAAUGAGUCUUCAGGUACUGCUCAAAUGGAAAGUUAUAAUUUAAGUGGGUUGUAAACGUACGUACUCUUUAUAAUAGAAAUCUUAAAACUUAAUAAAAUUUUUAUUUUUAUGUCACUUUAUCAGAUAAAUGAGCAUUCAGUUUGGUUUAAUUGUUUUAAAGCAUGUGUUUUUAUUCAGAAGAAUAAUUGAACAAAGGGUUGCUGUGUGAAAUUUAUUUAAACGCAAUUCUUCUCAAAAACUCUUCUUGUUUUGGGGUAUUUGCUUGUAUUCGUUUAAUAAACGUUUACCUGCUAAAUAAACGGAAAAGUGAAAUGUAUAUUGUCUCUUUUUUUAGUCGUCUUCAUUGA